CUUCUCACUAUUCUGCCACUUUCUCAUUUUCACCCGCAAUCAUCAACCAUAUAUACUCAACCCUUUGAACUGAGUCACAAUAAAUUGUCAAAAUGAAGGUCUCCGUCGGUCUUGCUCUCAUCCUUCCCGCUCUCAUCAGCGCCUUGCCCGUUGAGCAGCCAAAGGAAAACGCCCCUAACAUGUGGGGGUUGAAGGCACGCGACUCUGAUGAAGCUCAUGCUCCCAAUAUGUGGGGGCUCAAGGAACGCGAUGGCGAGGAAACCAAUGCUCCUAACAUGUGGGGAUUGAAGGAACGUGAUGGUGAGGAAACCAAUGCCCCCAAUAUGUGGGGACUAAAGCAACGCGAUGGUGAGGACACCAAUGCUCCUAACAUGUGGGGAUUGAAGGAACGUGAUGGUGAGGAUACCAAUGCUCCCAAUAUGUGGGGAUUGAAGGAACGUGAUGGAACGUGAUGGUGAGGAAACCAAUGCUCCAAAUAUGUGGGGAUUGAAGGAACGUGAUGGUGAGGA